AUGACGGCUGCGGCGGACUCGGCGGUCGAGGCAGCGGCGGAACAAACCUCGACUGCCAUGCACACCUCUGCCGCGCCGGACUCGGCGACCGAGGCCUACCUCGACCUACUGCUGCAAGAGGCCGACGACUUUGCACAGCACCUCCAGCCCCUCCGCAAACCUCAAUACCAAAACAACGAUGCGUCGAGCUCGCCCCCCGACCUCCAGCACCCCAUUGCGGGACCCUCGUGGUCCGACGUCGAGCUCGACCUCUUCUACCGCUCCAUUGCCCGCCACUCGAAGCUCCGUCCGGACCUCAUCGCAAAGGACGUGCGCACAAAGACGCUGCCACAGGUCUGCCUCUACAUCAGGGCCCUAGAGCAAGGCGCAGCUGAGCUCGAGGCUGCCGAGCUGGACCUGGCUACCCGCGACCUCCUCUUCAGACCGCAGCCCAGGUCUCCGCGUCAGCACGAGAGUUGGCAGGCGAAUGCAUCAGGACCGAGCGGCAAGGCUGCGAUACAAGGCCUUUCAGCGCGACGAGCGGGAGAUUCCCCCGGCAGCCCUGCAGUCACAAGUGAUCUUAUCGAGAAGACCGCGUCAAGCAAGGACCAGGUGCGCCGGGCUCGUGCGCGUCUUCGCGAGCAACGCUGGAAACGACUCCCCGCAGCCAAGGAAAUGAACGACGAGUGGAUCGAGCUCGAGGAGCUUCAAGCCAGCAUCUUUUCCGAUCGAUACGGCGUGGUGGCCGAGCGUCUGGCCAUUCUGCAAAACCACGAAGAGUCCUCCGCAUUCACCGCGAUGGAACCCGACGCCCCCGUGGUCAACGGCACAGGCCUGCCGCCAAACUUGUCGCCGCCCCCGCCGCCCGGGAAGGACGGUCAAGAAGGCGGAGAAGGGGCACGAAACAAGGAGCAAACGCUGCCUCCGACAGAGACAGAUACACAGAUUUCCCCUACCGAGGAGCAGCAUCGCGCCAUGUUGCUCUACUCGGCCUCGCUUCCCGUCGCGUACGACGAGCAGGUGGCCGCCACAAUGCUCUACCUUCGCCACCGACCCCGCCUGGAUCCAGAUCGAGAACCCAACACGGUGCUGGUGAGCUCGAACGACGCCGAUCCAGCGACUGGUGACCGCCUAUCUCGCGCGCCGAUCCGCGCCUUCAGAUCGGUUCGCGCCGUCGAGGCAGUCGUCGAAGGCGAGCCACCCAAGAUCAGGAAGGAGUAUGCAGCCUUCUGCGCGACUCACCCGGCGAGCCCGAUCACCUGCGCGCGAGAUGUGCUCUCGGCAUUGUCGAGAGCGAUAGAGCUCGGCUUUAUCGUCGCGGUGCAGGUCUCCGACGAGACCCUGGAGCUAGCAUCGGCUGAAGGCGCCGAGGACGGCUCGGACUCGGAACGGCGCAGCAGGAUCGCAAAGCUCUUGGACGAAGGCAUUACGGACCGGCCUCAAAGUACCGGAUCGCUCCUCGCCUUGCUGGAAGAAUCCGAGCAGACUUACCUCUGCUGGGCCGACUCUCUGGACGCAGGGGUCCAGACGACUGGGCCUGCGGAUCACAGCAGCUUCCUCGAGGCGAUCGAGGCCAGAGCUGAGCGGGGAGAUCAGCUCUUCCAUCGAGCAAGGGCCGAAGCGCGAGCACGGCUGCUGUCCUCGCUGACCACCAUGGACCUUCGUCUGUGCUACACGGCUUACAGAGACGGCGAUAGCCAAGAUAUGCCUGGAUGGGAGCCUAAAGGAACGAAUCCCGUCGACCGCGAAGCCCUACCCCCGGAGGAGUCCACUGCCGCUCCGCCCGAUGCCUCUACAGACCCGCUCGACAUGGGUCGGCAAGAGGCUGGACCAAUCGCGACCUCGACCGCGGCAUCAGACUUGUUCAACGGUGGACAUGGCCCACCAGCGGCCGGUGGCGCCAUCGACGCGGGCAGGGACCAGCGCCGCGGUCAACACAGCGAACGAUUCAUCUACCACGGCGAGGACGUCGGCAUCGACUUCUCAAAGAUUGUCCCAGAGGCGCGCCAGUCGGUCAAGGCGCGCAUCCGUGCCUUCUACGCCUUCGGUGGCAUGGACGCGGUGCGCGACCUUGCUAGCCGGCUAGACAGUCAGGGUCGGCUCACGAGCAGAAAGCCGCGCGCACCCAAGGGUCUUACGUCGUCGCUGGUCGUGCUCGGCCACGACAUGGGCGUCGAUCUGCGAGCUUUGUCUCCGAACGACUUCGCCACCGUUCGGAAGCGGGUCGCGGGUCGUCUACAGAGGAAGGGCGUCGAGCAUGCCCGACAGUAUUGUGCCCAGCUGCAAGAGCGCCUCGACCAAGGCCUUUCGCUGCAGCAGAUCGACGAAGAAACCAUGAGGCCCGGCGAUCGUGCGGGAAUGUUGACGAAGGAGAGGCGCUACGGUGCCACAACCCUGCGACCGACCGCUUCUCCAGGCGCCGAGGAUGCCGCCGAGGAUGCUGCCGACGAGCCAAACGACACCAACGCGGACAUGCCAGCCGAUGAGUCGAUCAGCCGAAUCAGGCGGCGGGACAACCGCCUCGUCCACGUCGGACUCGCCGAGGCAUUUGUGGCGAUGCCGAGCGCCUCUACAGAGCCCGACGGCGAGGCAUCGGGCAAGGGCGAGGGCGAGGUGGACGACGCGGCGACGCUGCCAGCAGCCUACAGCAUGGAGCUGCUGCCUCCGCACUUGCAACGCGCCAUCACGCUGUUCCCGGGCAUCAUAGGGAUGCUCGAGGAGUCCUACUCGGCGCCGGAUGCUGAUGAGGCCGAGGCAGCAGAUGCAGAGGCCGAGGCCGUCGUGGCUCGAGGUCCACGGCGCAUCAGCGUCGAGGCGCUCGCGUCGCUGUGGGAGCACUUCCGCGCCUUCUUGGUCGAGGUCCUGUUCAGCGUCAUCACGGCGCUCGAGCCCUACUCGCUCGACAAGAAGCAGGACCUGCCCAAGAUCUCGCCGCUGGCCGUCUACUCGGCCGUCGCCCGGCUCGGCUACCCGCACAGCCUGCCCGGACUCGUCAAGGCGGUACGAAAGAGGUCACACUUUGCCAGCGACGAAGGUGCGGCCGGCGACGAUGACGACUGGGGAUCGAUGGUAUUUGACGAGUUCAGUCGCAAGGCGAUGCAGAUGGACCCGCCGAUCUGCUUUGACGAAGUGUAUCGACCCGGCGGAGCUCGUAAGCGCGACCCGGACCUGAUCGGUCUCUCCUCCGAUGACGACGAUGGCGACGGCGACUCGGAUGGGGAGGGUGGCGACCCGAUCACGAUCACCAUCGGCGAUGCCUACCGCCUCCCGCGCCCCUUCUCGGUCAGCCGAUCGAGGAAGGCCGCGCAAGACGAUGAAGGCUACCACGAGAGCAGCUCCUCCGAUACGCAACUCAGCGAGCUCAGCAGCUCGUCUGACGACGCCACGCAGAGCGAAAAAGACGGCAGUACCCGCGACACUGAUCUUGAAAGCGACAGGGGCAACGAUCACCGGCCUACGGACCCGGCACCCUCCACCGCCGCGUACACCGAUCUCUCCGAGGUGGACACAACCCACCUCUCUCCGGCGCUACGAUCCAAGAUCGAGCGGUUUCUCGACACGCACCUCUUCCGCCGGCAUGGACAGUUGGGACGGAUGGAAGGGUACGGCCUGCGUCUACUCCGCCGUGCGGUGCGGGAGCAGGAGGAAGAGGAGGCGCUGGAGCACGACAUGCUUGAGCGGCUGGAGAGGGCGGACGAGGAGGAGUUGAAGAGGUGCAACGACGAGAUGCAGGCCGUAUUUGGACGCCGUCCCGUGCCGAAUGCGGACGAGGGGGAGGGGAGGGCGAAGGUGCCGCGCAAGACGGUGAAAGUCGGGUCUUGGGAAAGAGGAAAGCGGAUGGUGUGA